UCGUCUGACCGUACCUGCCUCCAUGACCACAGGAUCCUGGGCUGGGACAAGCUGAUCAUGUACGCCGCCAACGAGUGGCUCAACGACAUCCGCAGCAAUCAAAUCCACAGUAUCCUCCGCGGUGUCGGCAGCUUCUCCAUCGUGUGUCAGAUCAUCCAAGGUAUGAUGGAUCUGAUCCGAUUGCCCAUCCAGCAGUACCAGAAGGACAGACGGAUCAUCCGAGGGUUGCAACGAGGAGCUAACUCAUUCACCCUCAACACAGUCAUGGCUAUUCUAGAACUGACAAACAAAGUUGUGGGCUCUAUACAGGUAGGGAGAAACCUGUGUUGCUUAAUCAAUGAAUCCAAGGUUUCAAAUUAUUGUGAUUUGAAUUAUCCUGACAAGAACCAACUUGUGUCCUCACUCAUAUGAACUUAUGUAGUUUCUAACACUGUUAAACUCAUACCAAACUAGAUCACAGUGGAAAAGUUUAUAUUAGACCACUGUCACAUAUUUCCUCCCCAAAAGAAGUUGGUAUGUCUACUAAUUUAGACUGGGUAUGAGUAAGGAAAAAUCUAGUGAAUUUAUUUUCUUAACCCAAUGUGCGACAAGCCCAAAUUUAUUUCAAGCCGGAGUGUUGCAUGUGUGCAGUGUACACUUUAUAGGUUGAUUAUUCAUUACUGAUUACUCCUUGUUUUAUCGUUGCCCUUAUUACAGCGUUUAGUCAGAGAGAUGGAACAGAUUUUAGUGCAGGGUUUUCUUUGAAUUGAAAUG